UAAGGAAACUACUGAAGUAGCGGGCCAAGUUAUAAUUAUAGCGCAAGAUUACAUUAAAAUAUAAAUAAAUUAUUCGUUAAAUAAAGAUAUCUUCCUUGUAGAAAUAUUUUACAUAUCGGAUUACACGUUUCUAUUGUAUUACAGAUUUUGAAGAUUUUUUUAUAAAAACAAUUUCAGUAGUUGAAUACAAGGUUUACUAUAUAUUUAUUGUAAUUUUUGUUUGAUAUUUGGUUCUCUUUCAUUGAGACCAGUCAUCUAGGUGUGGAUGAAGCUUAACAGUCGCCCUAUAGAACCGCGGCGAAACCAACAUGGUGGCUGUCUAUCUUAGAAAACGAUAGAGAAGGAGCAAGACGGAGAAUUUUGAUGGUUGGAGGCAUUAAGAGAGACUCCACGCAUUCAUGCUCGCAUAUUUAUAGCUUUUGGACUAGCCAGCGUCGCUAGACUACGAAACGCAGCUGGUUGGUGCUUUUAACAACGUUCUGCUACUAUAGACCUUCUAAUAGUAACCUGUACUGCAACGUAGCAUUCCUCCUUCCCUCGAGAGGAUGCAAUAUCCGCGAUACCCUUGAUAUUAGAUAUGCCUACAAUAACGAGCAGUUCCACGUACUUGUAGAUCAAAUGCCAACUAUGGCAUAAAUUCCUCUGGUCACGUUGGCUCCGAUUCGAGAUACUUCGCCGACAUUGUUCCUUGGAAUUUAAUCACAGAAACGUUUCUCGCUGAAAUAAGUUUGUUUUUACAGCUGCUACCGUUUCAAUUUAUUUCUAUAUUACUAAAAUUGUGUCGCAUAAUUAUAUUGGCUCGGUUCGACCCAUUCGCAGCGAAUUUCAGUUGAGUGUACAUUUAACACCUUUCAGAUUCGCAAGAGAAUAACAAUAUAGAGUUAAUUAUCGUGCGAUCUCUAAACAAACGAAACUUGUAUUAUAGUAACGAUUAUCUAUUAUCCAUUACAUAGUACAUUGUGUCCAAUGAACUAUAGAAAUUUAAAAGCAUAAGUCCUAUAGCCAUUCCAAUUCUCCCAUUUCACCAUUAGUGUCCAAGAGUGUCCAUUAAACAGGGAUUACAUGAAACUGAAGGUUAUAGUAUCUAAUUACGUCACAUAAACUCAACAAGUUAAAGUUAAGAUGUUUCCAUAAAUAUUCGCUACACUGUUGCAUAAGCUUAGAAAGUUAAUUCGCGAGCAUAUCCUGUUGAUCGUGUGUUUUCUCCGGUUAUAACACCUCUAAGUCUGAUUUGUGCGAUAAAUGUAUGCUUAAUCGUGCAACUUCACGCAUCUAAUUGAACAGAGAAUUUCAAUCGCUAUAUUUAUCCAAGUUAACGCGAGUUAACCAGCUUUCUUUCGCAACUGCAUUAUCAGUCACUGAUUUUACCCGGUUUCAGGCGGUUUAUUUUCAUUUGCGGUACCAAAAUGGCUGCUCGCCGCGGAAACCGCAAGCGGGUAAUUUAAAACCAUUGAACUACAUUUUCUACGGAUUAAUCAGUGACAAUGAUCGGCUCUUCGUAACACGGCUAUGUUAACUUCGUCCAGAUUCUUUUUCAGCUAAACUCUUUAAUCUCGCGAAACACGCGAGGCGUUACGAACAAUUCUACGCGGUAUAAAUAACGGGCUGUCAGUUACUUGAAACUAUAAUUUCUCUAUUCAGUCGUGAGGUCUAUAAACGAAAAUCUAUGGUUGCAAAACUGUGUGAGAUUAAAGAACAUUAACAUAAAGUAACCUUGACUGUCUUCACUUUUCUCCAUUUUUAUCUCAUACCGAGGUUGAUAGUACGUAUUACGACAAAUUAUAGUCCUGAACGUAUGAUUUGAUACUAAUAGUUCGACGCAGGAUCUAUGAAGUUGAUAAUACGUAUUUACAAUCGAACUACUGAGGUAACGAUAAUUUAUAUUUAACUUUACAUUAUAUGGUGUAUGAAUUUUUUUCACUUUUUACAUCCCUAUAUCUGGAUACAUGUAUCAUUAUUUUCUUAAAUUACCAUAUAGAAGAUGCAAGGACUUACAUCCCUACAUCCGUAUAUCCCUAAAUUAUUUUAUAGAUUUCUAUAGGAGAUAAAUCUCCAGAGGUCUUUAGAUCAGUAUACCUCUAGUUAAAACAUAAUACUUAUAAUUUCACAAUUAACCCUCACGUUGGCAACCAGCUACCUGUUACUCAUUUAGGCUUUGAUAUUUGUCGUUUUUUUAUUCCGGAAGCCUCAAUUAACAUUAAAGUACGGAAAAAGUCUGGCGAUAUUUUCAUGAUAAUAUAAAACAUUGUUAAAAAGAAAGAUGUUGUCUGUCCUUGUGUAUUACAAGAGUUAAGACCGUGUUUAAUAACUGAAGUAAUGAUGAAUAGAAUGAGUGUCUGGUGAGGUAGAGGGGAUUUGAAUGCCUACUCGGCGCCAUUAAUAGUACUCCAACCGAAGCGUACGUUGGCGUGCAUGGCACUGUUCGUUGAGUCUAAACGCAGUUUUCCAAAUGGUGAAGAUAUUCGAAUUCUGGUGAUUAUCGAAACCACAUCACAGUGGAAAACUAACUGGGAAAAUUAAUCUUGAAUAGAUAAGAUACAUAGCGAUGUUAAUAAUUGUUGGAUGAAAUUGUAAGAAAUUUUUUGAAACGCAAAGAAAAUGUGUUUCUCGAUUCUGUGCGUUGGUACUGCGACUUGUGCGAUUUGAAAGUUGGCAGACCUGUUGCGCGUCAACGCCCAAGCGUUUAAUAUACUCAUAACAACAAGUGGGUGGAAUUUAUCAAUUGGAUCAUCCGCGUUCUCUGGUGGCUAAUGAGCGCGGCAAAAAUUGUUGAAUGUGAAUUUUUGUUUUAGCAUAAAGAUGGCUAUGUUCACAUCCUGCUGGUCACCGUUUAUCUGGACCAAUAGUAUCAAAACAGGAUGCAAAGCUAUUGCUUUUUACACAAUUGCAAUCAGUGUGGUGUCCAUAACGUUGAUAAGUUACCAAUUAAAUGGAGGUGAUUCUUCGCAGCUGUAUAAUCCUAUGUUUGAAGCUGAUGUCAGAGGAUCUAUGCAAGUUGUUGGAGGCUGCUUCAUACUUUACUUCCUCCUCUUAAUUAUAUCAGCACUUUUAACAGUGUACGGAGUAAAAGAAGGAAUAAGAGGAUGGCUACUUCCUUGGCUUAUAUUGUGGUUCAUAGCAUGUCUAUUCCAAUUAGUUUUUGGACUUUGGCUUGUAGGAGGCUAUUAUAUUUAUCUUGAUGCAACAUUCGCUGCCAUGUGUAACUGGCUUUGGAUGUCAUACAAUAUCUAUUGCUGGUUAGUUGUUUUAUCAAUGUACAAAAUAUUGGAGGAGUUGCAAUCCCCAAAUAUAGAGCUUCUGUGGCCUUAGAUACCUGUAUAGUAUUAACAUUAAUAUAUAGAAUACAUUAAUUGACACAGAGGUAAGAUAUAUUUAUGAAGAUGGGAAACCAUCUAAAUACUCUACUUAAUUGUCGUUCAUGUACAAUUAGUCCAAUGCCUUGAAAGUCAAAGACUUUAUAUUAUAAAGAAGACUGACAAUAUUCUGAAAAAAUGUCCGUCCAGAUUUCAAUUAUCUUAAUAAUUUUAAUACCAAGCUUAUGCAAUAGAAUUUUAUAGAUGGUUGCUUUACACAACCAUACAAGAAAAUAAUGUUUCCAAUAAAUAUUUGUAAGAAAUAGAAAUAUGAGUGUAAUUAUUUCAAUGAAAUAUAUUCCAUGA